UCCCCAUCCACAAAAACGCAAACAAAACGCGGGUGGCUACCGUCAUCUGGUGUGCAGAUGAAGGUCAAACUGACAGCUGGUGGAUGGUGCCAUUGUGAGUGGUGCCUAAUGAAUGGUAACUGCUGAUCGCCAAACAAACCCACUGGUACAAAAGUCGAAACCAGCUGUAUCCUCCAGAGCACUUCUAGCUUGUGAUCCUUGUAGCAAGACUGAACUCGAACAGAGUCUAAGCUUAGGAAAUUUCUUACUGAGGCUUCCCAAUCUACAAAUACAUGCAGUACUAGUAAAGAGACAGGCAUGGAAAAGGGCAAGCAAGAUCGCACGCCCGCCUUUCUCAGGGAGAUCCGAGCCGACUACCUGGAGAAGCUGCACCAGGCGUUCUGCACUCCAAAGGUGAAGGGAGGGUUGCGCAAGCGCAAGCGUGGCCACAGAAGGCAGCGGUGCGUCAAUCCGCAUGACGGAGGACAAGAUGAGCGAGGAGGAGGCAGCAGGCAGGGUGACCAAAACACAACAGUACUGCUCACUGGCCUCUCUGGAGUCGGAAAGUCCAGUAUAGUCGACUGCUAUGCCAGGACAGCACAGGAACGCGGCUACUACCAGCGUGGAGUGUGGAGGAUCAACGCCUUGAGUGACACCACCGUCGAGCUGUCCAUCCGCAAUAUUCUAGUGUCCGCGAAGGCACCAUUCAGCUGCCUGUCCCAGCGGUGUGAUCCCGCCAGUCCUAGCUUCUGGCAGAGGAUAAUGAUGGCCCUGCACCCGACAUCGGAUAUGCUGUUCAUCGUGGACAACCUCGGCAAUCGCACCCUGCAGAGUAUGGGUGAUGAGGAGGCAGUUAGCAGUACGUCAGAUACGGCUGACCCGCUGUCAGUGAUGUGGAAGUUCUCGUUGCCAAACUCCAAGUAUCAACACCAGCUAAUGAUCAUCAGCCAGAAUGGCAUCUUACAAGACUGCGUGUCACGGCACAUUGCCCAGCGUCUCGAAGUUCAUCCGCUGACAUCGCUGCAAUCGUCCUGGCUGCUGGCCAGACAGACAGAAAUCCUGUACACGCAUUGCCCAAUGCCAGCAAGACGAGCGCAGCUCUGGAAACAGCUGCAGCAGGCGUGCAGAGCGUGUCAACGCGAAAACUCGCACUGCUGCCAGCACUGUCUGCUGCGGCAGCUGAGAGCCUGCCAGCAAGCUGUGCCCACCGUCCAGCCCAAACACUGCUGUACACACGGCCAGGAAACACAUGAUGCGAGCAUGCUCAGCGCCUGCACUAUGCGGCAGUUCGUAACGUUGAGUGAUGCUGCAGACAUGGCAAACGGGCUUCCCCUGGUGCUGGAAUGGAUUUCAAAACAAGCAGAGGGAGAUGCUUCCCAGCUAGCAGCUGGCACACUUGAUGCUGGACAAGACUCUGCAGCUGCUAGACCUGAGGAGCAUGAGGUGGCCAACACCAUGGAUAGUGUAUGGAGUAAGACGUACAGUCUGAUCUCAACGGCCGCUAAACAGCUCCUAUGCACGGCCGCACUUCUAAACCCGCACAGGAUCUCCUGCGCAAUAUUCCUGGCUGCUCAGCAUUCUCCAUACGUUCCCGCUGAGCUACGCGACCUCCUGUUCCCGUUUGAUGUGGCGGCUGCACCAAACACGAGCACAGAGAUGAUGAACCGCAGGGCAGUGCAAUCACUGGUAUCACUGCUGUGUGAGCUACGCCACUUCUCAUUGGUUAUGUUUGUGGCCAGCAACAGUCGUGCAUUCUUCAGUUACGGCCGCUCAGACCCCUGUCAAGAGAACCUCGCGGCCUACGACUUUUCAAUCCACGGCAUCGCUCGCCAGCACAUCCUAGCCGGUAUGUUCAGUACGGACGGCGGUGAGCUACAGAAAUAUUUGAGCUGCUGCCUUGAUCUCCUGUCUCUGAGUACAUCCGCUUGCUGCAGCAGAAUCGAGAUUGAAGUCUACCUCAUUCCGCAUGUCAUGGCAGUCAGCCCAACGGCCCUGCUACAGCUCGUCAGGAGAUUCGCCGGUGUUCACAGGAAAUUACACCUGUCAACUGCAGCCAUAGAAAGCCUGCCCGAGGGAGUCCGCUUGCAAUGGGUCGACUUGCUUUUGUUUUUUCUCGCACUCCAGAAAACUAACAGUUACAGAUACAGAUUCUUUGCAAAGGAGGUUUUCGAUGGCAUAGUGUUUCUGACAGGCACACUUCAAAGUAGUGAAAGUACAUUGCAGCUACAAACAUCCACCAGGCUUCAAAGGAAAUAUUAUCAGAAAACACUAGACAUCCAGUCCUGUUGCAGCACUUACCAGCCGGCAAUACCAAUAAUAUUGUCUCUGCCAAGGAAGAUCAUCUUCCAAUUGUUUUCUAUUGGAUUGGCCGCUAUGUAUUGCAACCACGUGGGUGAUUAUAAAAGACGAGGAUUCUGGACUCACCCUUUGACAAAUCUCCUUAGCUCCAGUGGCAAGAGGGACAAGUCUGUCUUGCACCAUGUUGCAACUCAGACAAAUCCACUGAUCCAAUCCCAAGAUCAUCAUGGGCAAGUUCUCAUGCACUGCAUCAUGGACUUGCUUUGCUUGAUUGUAGUCUCAGACGGCUGUACCGAUGUCAUGAACCGUCACGUGCAGGCAAACGGCAUGGGUGAGAGGCUGCUACAGUGUCUGAACGCACUGAGCAUGGUGUGCUUAGAUCUUUACACGCACAACUCAAGAUCAACAGCAACAGCCGCAGCUGUAGCAGCAGCAGCAACAGCAGCAGCAGCAGCACCGCCAUCAUCUGCAGCAGCAGCACCGCCACCAUCUGCAGCAGAGGUGACCGGUGCACAUCUCAGUGGUGGGAGCACUGCCGGCAGUCACAGCAAUCCACAAGGAACGGCGUUACGCACCUGUCACCGGCACACGGAUGAUGUCCUUGGAAAGAAGAAAGGCGCACCACUGCCAGAGCCUAAUACAACGGCGGAAAGAGCGCCCAUAGCAAGCGUAGCUGACCUGAGCUACAGUGCUGAUGUGUACCUCAUUAAGAGUAUCUGUAGUCUGGAAGGAAUGUACGGUGGCUCCUAUUUCAGUGGCAAUCUGUACGCCCCGCUGAUAGCUAUCAUUUUGUAUAGGAUGAGCAGAGGACAAACAUCUCAAGCCAGGAUCACAUUGUUUCGGCUAAUGUGCUAUAUUCCGGAACAAUAUCAAGUGAAGAGUUCACACCUGCACCGCAUACUGGCUGUGAUGACAGGCGAGUCGUCGCCACGAUCCCAAUACCUCGUCGAGAUUGAGAUGUACGACUGACGGAACACUGCUCAUGUCGGUCAGCUCAACCAAAUUACUUACCACUACCUGAGGUGCGUAUGUGUACUACUCAUAGAUACUGGCCCAUCGGAAAGUGCGCUGUUUCUCAGACACAGCAUUGAUCUGCACCCAACACUGCUGUAACAUGUUUCUCAGACACAGCAUUGAUCUGCACCCAACACUGCUGUAACAUGUUUCUCAGACACAGCAUUGAUCUGCACCCGACACUGCUGUAACAUGUUUCUCAGACACAGCAUUGAUCUGCACUCAACACUGCUGUAACAUGUUUCUCAGACACAACAUUGAUCUGCACCCAACACUGCUGUAACAUGUUUCUCAGACACAGCAUUGAUCUGCACCCAACACUGCUGUAACAUGUUUCUCAGACACAACAUUGAUCUGCACCCAACACUGCUGUAACAUGUGUACCUGUUUCCAUAUUCCUUACUCAAUAUACUUCUGUAGUAAUACAUUGUCAUGAAAUCUGUCUUCUAAGAGUGCCUCGGCGAUUGGGGAUUGUUUAGCUAGAGGAGCUAACACUGUGACUCUCUAACUAAGCUUAUCCCUGCACUGGGCAGCAUUCUCAGGUUGUGGACAGCAUAACUUAGCCAUGCAUUCUCAGCCGGCUUCCGACGCAUCGUGAUCUAGGUUCCGACCGCCCGAUUAUUCAAAAAGGCACCACUCGGGCCAGCUAAUAGCACCAGUUUCUUUCACCCUUUCUUUUAUAACCCCAUGGACUUGCUUUAUUACAAUUUUGCUGGACUACCAGGCACUUCCCGUGCUGUUCUUAUCUAGUUUCCCAUUUUUUUGGCAUCGGACACUUGGCAUCGGACACGCUACGGUCACAACUCCGGUAUUGACCGCACCACUCUUCAUUGUUAACACCCAUUUUUUAAUCAAGUGCUCUAUGACUAUUGGCUCUGAAUUUGAAAUUUCUAAACUGGA